UUCGCCAUGUCUUAUGAGUGAGGACCUUUCCGAACACGGGAAGCGAUGGGGAUGAGAGUGGCUGUGCUGUUGCUUGUUGUUUCUGUCAGUCUGACUGAAGCAGCAGGAUGCAUACCUACAACUAGUCCGUGGUGUUACAAAAAUUCUACUUUUCUGGAAGAGGACUUUAUGUGUAAAUGGGAUAAGAGAAACCCUAAGGAGAAUCAGACACACACUCUUUUUAUAUGGGACAGUGAAAAGAAAAGGUUUAUUAUAAGUGCGAACUCUGGCGAUCAUUCAGGGAGAUAUAUUCUCUUGGAGGAACUAGGAAUCACAACAAGAAAGACGGACAUAUGGGUACAAACACAAGUGGGCAAUCUCACCUGCAAUUCUAGCAAAAUCUCAGUCAUCCUUGAAUGCUUGGUCAAAUACAGUGCACCUCAGAUUACCAGAAUGAAAAGGUCUGCUGGAAUCCUGUCUCUCAAACUGGACAAACCAAAGGAUAAAAAAAGUGUUAAAUACGAGAUCAGAUGGAGGGAGAGAGGCUCCGAAUGGCAGAAUGCGACAUUUGAAACUGAGGACAGCACUAGCCAAGAUUCCUACAAGCUACAUCUACAGAAACAGACGAUCUACCAAAUCCAACUGAGACGACAGGCCAAACUUCAGCCAAGUAUAUGUAAAGACUCACUACAAACUCUCUGGAGUGACUGGAGCCCAGUGGUGGAUGUUCCCUUAGAAAUCAGCCUCUCUCUUGUACGCCCACUUGUAAAAAAAUGGACGAAUGGGACCAGGCAUAUUAAUCUCACCUGGGACGAACCAUCUGCUGAACAGUCUGUUGGGGGUGUAGAGUACAAGCUGAAUGUUAUAGUUUGGCCUUGUGAAAAAUCCAAGAGAAAGGAAAAGCUAACUUUGAAUCGAACCUUUAAAACCUCAAUAACAUAUUCAGAGGCCAGGAUUUCCAUUAUUGCAACUAACAAGGUUGGAAGUUCACCUCCACUGGAGAUCGUCAUUCCCGCUGUGAAACAUCUGAGCAAUUGUGACAAGCCCUCUAAUAUCACCCAGAAUUAUCAAACCUGCUUAGAAUGGUACAAGCUGGAAAACGGUGAGACCCGAAUAAGUACAGUAAACAGCUCAGGCAAAAAAUCAUUCAAGGACAUCGAAAAAGGGGUGGAGAAAUUUGUACGUCAUUAUUACUUUCUUCACACCUUGAGAAAGAAACAUCUUCAAACUGUUGAUAUGUGUCCUUUUUACUCAGAACAGGGAGCACCUGUUAAAGGUCCAGGGAAUGUGAAUAUUUCUAAUGUGACGCAUGAAUCAGCCGUGGUCCGUUGGCUUUCCAUUCCUGUGGCGGAGCAGCGAGGAUUUAUACUGCAUUAUCUCAUUUGGAUUUCAGGACAGGGAAACACGACACUCCAUGAAGUCCAAGCAAAUGAAACCAGCUUCAAGAUCAAGAACCUCCACCCAGGGGCCUCUUACACCGUUUCUAUAGCCGGAGAAACAAUGGCUGGUAAAGGGCCGAACUCAACGGUGAACUUUGAAACACACACAGAAGAAAUGGGCUUAUCAUGGCAGGACCAGACCAUCCUGAGCGUCUGUGUGGUUGCCCUCUUGUGUACUAUAAUCUGCUCUGUUGCUGUCAGGAGAUUUAGGAGUAAGUUGAUACCUAAAGUGCCCAGUCCUGUGAUUGAUACAUCAGAAAUCAGAUGUCCACAAGAUCAGGACCUGAGACAGACGGAGGAAGUGCAUGAAUUUGUUCUCUUGCUACGUCAAGAUCUCAGCAAACCCAGUGAAAACGUGACGCCUGAACAGAGCACUUUACUGCAAGGCUUCGGCCUUGUCGUCUUUGAGGAGGAAGACGAGGUAGACGAGGAGGGUGAAGUUACUGACUUGAGCUCUAUGAAAUCCUGUUGCUAUCCGAAUCCUAGUUACAGAGGACAGACGCUACAGCUGCCAGAGCCUUUCCACACGACAGAUAGCACAUUAAAUGACAAUGACACAGAGUCCACAUACAGAAAUGGCCUGUUCUUUGAAACAAGAAUCCUGGAGUGUGACAAAACGUCACUAUAGACUUGUGUGUGACGAGUACUGACAAAUAAACAACCCUAAACAAA